GUUAAGCGAUUGUCAGUCGCAGAGAGGUUCGGUUCCUGUUUGCCCCGGUACAGGGAGACGUGGCCCGGACAUGGCAGAGAAGAGGCUGAAUGGGGCUCAGCACGGGCCGCCCGGUACCAACUUACUUUUCUCAGCCUCUGAGUUCAAUUUCUCUGUGCCAUUUAUCCCAGUCAGCCAACAGCAAAGUGCAGCGCCAGCCGUACUCCCUGCCGAUGACUCCACAGAGGUCGGAGAAGAGGAUAGCUUCUUGGGACAGAUAUCUGGUGUAACAAAUCCACCCCAGACCUACAGUUACUUCUCUCAGUCAAGCAUCAAUGAUCCAUUUGCAAGCAUCGGUGAAACUCCCUUGUCCACAGCAACUCAAGCAUUAGGAACCACUGUCCUACCCAAGCCGUCAAUACCCCUGAGUACUGGAGCUCAGAAUGGACAAAAUAUAAUCUCUUUACAGACACAGAAUCCACCGUUUAGAAGCAAUACCCCUCCCCAGGCAUCUUCUAGUGUCUUUCCCCCAUCCUCGCAGUACUGCCCACCAUCUUCCACAUAUACAGCUCCUCCAACUUGCUCCUCGCAGACUGGCUAUAACCCAUAUCGUCAUAAUACACAGAGUAGUCGGACAAACCCAUACUUACCACCUCCGCAACUUCAAGACCAGGUUCUUGGUCACUCUACUUCUGCACAGGCAUUUGCGCCUCCGCCAUCUCAGAUCUACCAAAGUCCUUCUGUAUCACUACCACCACCCCCAAAAGCUGCACCCCCACUGCUGCCCACACCUCCAGUUGCACAGUCCUUUCCCAGACCUGCAGGGGCGCUGGUGCCCCCACCUCCUACAUUUAUGCAAAACCUUUAUGAGCCUGUGCAGCCUCACUGGUUUUACUGCAAGCAAGUUGAGGGUAGAGAGAUUUGGCUGCCAUUCAGCGUCUACGAUUCUGUGAAUUUAGAGAGAGUUUACAACUCUGUUCAGCCAGACCCUGAGAGUGUGGUAGUGAGCACUGAUGGGGGCCGCUACGAUAUUUAUCUGUACGAUCGUGAGAGAAAGGCAGUGUUCUGGGAGGAAGCAGAUUCCGAGAUCCGACGUUGCUCUUGGUUCUACAAAGGAGACACAGACAGUAAAUUUGUUCCGUACAGUGAGGACUUCAGCGAGAAGCUGGAGGCUGAAUAUAAGAAGGCUGUGACGAGUAAUCAAUGGCAUCGGAGACUGGAAUUUCCUGGUGGGGAAACAAUCGUGAUACACAAUCCUAAGGUUAUAGUACAGUUCCAGCAGUCUGCUACACCAGAUGAGUGGGGGACCCCACAAGAUGGCCAGUCGAGACCCCGUGUAGUGAAACGGGGCAUUGAUACUGAUCAUGAUGAGAUUCCGGAUGGUGAAGUGCCUGAGGCUGAUCAUUUGGUCUUUAUGGUUCACGGUAUAGGACCCGUGUGUGACUUGCGGUUCAGAAGCAUUGUUGAGUGUGUUGAUGACUUCAGAACAGUGUCGCUCAAAUUGCUGCAGACUCACUUUAAAAAAUCUGUUGAAGAGGGUAGAGUGAGCCGUAUAGAGUUCCUCCCGGUCCAUUGGCACAGCUCACUCCAUGGCGAUGCCACUGGUGUUGAUAGGUGCAUUAAAAAGAUCACAUUACCCAGCAUUGGUCGCCUUCGCCAUUUCACCAAUGAGACACUGCUGGAUAUCCUGUUCUAUAACAGCCCAACAUACUGUCAGACCAUUGUGGACAAAGUCAGCUUAGAGAUGAACCGGCUCUAUGAACUGUUCAUGAGCAGAAAUCCAGAAUUUAAAGGAAGCGUGUCUGUAGCCGGCCACAGUCUAGGUUCUUUGAUCAUGUUUGAUCUACUGUCUAAUCAGACUGACUUAACAUCAACUUCAUCCAUGUCUGUAAUUCCAUCUGAAGUUAACGGAGUCACUAAAGAAGAAAAGCAGGUACCUGUGAUAUCUGAAGUUUUGCAAGCGGCUGACGAGUCAUGUGACCCUGAUCUACUGAAGGAGGAUUUGCCAAACUUGCAAGACGCUCUAGAAUCACUCAGCCUGGCUGAUUAUUACAGUGUGUUUGAAAAGGAAAAGAUUGACAUGGAAUCACUGCUCAUGUGCACAAUUGAAGACUUAAAAGAAAUGGGAAUACCUCUUGGGCCAAGAAAGAAGAUUGCCAAGUAUGUGCAAGAAAGAAUAGCCAAUCAGGCACAAAGGAAAGCAGCCGCAGAACAAAAAGCUGCUCUCAGUGCAUUAGCUAAAGCGCAGGAGGAAGCAAUCGGCAGAACUGAACAGGCAGCAGCCAAAAUGAAUCCCUCCAAUCGAGCGCUGGAACCCCCUAAAAAGAAACUUCCUGUCGGAGCCUCAGUAUCAUCUGUCCAUGUGGAUUAUGAGUAUUUUGAGACUGGGACAGGACAGGUUUCGGUACAAUAUAACUCUUUGGACUUUGAGCCAGUAAAUUUCUUUGCCCUUGGCUCUCCCAUCGGCAUGUUCCUGACUGUACGGGGUUUGGAUAAGAUAGAUGAACACUAUAGGUUGCCAACUUGCAAGGGUUUCUUCAAUAUUUAUCAUCCGCUGGAUCCUGUAGCCUACAGAAUAGAGCCCAUGAUCAUUCCAGAACUGGACCUGAAACCUGUCCUUGUUCCUCAUCACAAGGGCAGAAAGAGGCUGCAUCUUGAACUAAAAGAAAGUCUGACUCGCAUGGGGUCUGACCUGAAGCAAGGGUUUAUAAGCUCCCUGCGUUCAGCUUGGCAGACUUUAAAUGACUUUGCACGGGCUCACACGUCCUCUGCACAGCUUCAGGAGGAGCUAAAGAAGGUGGUUGACCAGAUAGAGGAAGCAGAGGACAAGCAAUAUGAAGUGGAAGCAGAAAAGGCAGAGUCCCCAGAAUCACUGCGGGAAGAGGACCUCUCUGUGAAAGUUGGAAUGUUAAAUAGUGGCCGAAGAAUUGACUAUGUCUUACAAGAAAAACCCAUAGAGAGUUUCAACGAGUAUUUGUUUGCUCUUCAGAGUCAUUUAUGUUAUUGGGAAUCUGAAGAUACUGCUUUGUUGAUUCUUAAAGAAAUUUACCGGUCCAUGAACAUAAUUCCUGAUCAUCCUGUACAUUGAUGGAACGUAGCAGAUGCCUAUUUAUAAUGUGAACGUGUGUCCGGUUGAUAAAGAUGGAUUUAGAAUUCAGACUGUCGCCAAAAUGAAGGUGCAUUCAAGGACUUGUAAGGAUCUCACUAUCUGAUCAACGGCUCCUUUCGUCACUGAGUAACUUCUGGGACACUGAGAGUUAUUGCUCUUCUUUUUUAGUUGCCUCCCCUCUAUCAUUUUUCAGAUCUUCAUUUUUUUUUGUGCCAGAUUUGAAGGACCAGAAAUCCAUCAUGUUGCUGAAGACCCUGCAAUAGAAAUGAAAUAAUAGAACUUGCGCAUAGUGAAUAUAAAGUUCUGCAUCAUUUUAGUUGCCCUUUUUUAUUGGACAUAUGCAGUCAUUAUUUCUUUUGUUGUAGAAUUCCUGUUUCUUUUUUUUUAUUUUAUUUUUUUCAGCAACUAAUAUUUAAGUUGACGGACUGCUGUGGUUGACUUUUUUUAAACAAUUGUUUAUUCCACAUAUUGAAAUGUUUAUAAAAAGAGUAAAUUUUA